CGCGUGCUGCUGCUGGCGAGUGGCAUCCGUCUGCGCCUCCGGGGCCGUGCGCCGGUGGAUCCUCUGUCGGCUUAGCAGCGCCCGCCAUGACCCUCAGCAGGCGGCGACAGGCGGCGACCCUGCUGUGGCUGCCGCUGCUGGCGGCCGCGACUGCCGCCCAGCAGGACCAGCAGACCUCCGGCUGGCUGGUGAGCCACGACGGGCCGCUCGCCGAGGAGAUGACGCCGCUCGGUGUGCCCAUGCCCAGGUUCCGGCCGCCAGGGUACGCUCCGCCCACGCUGCGCUGUCCGGUCGGCUGGCAGUGGGAUGGCCGCCGCUGUGGAGAUGUCAAUGAGUGCCGGCUGGAGCGAAACGAGUGCCGCAGCGAGCGCGUGCUCUGCAUGAACACGUUCGGCAGCUACCGGUGUAUGUGUCGGCACGGUUACAUCGGAGACUACUACACCGUCGGCUGCAAAACAGAGGAAGAGUACUGUGCGACGAGGUUCCGCGCGGCUGAGACCCGGGCUGAACCCUAAACGGCCGCACCAGCUGCCGCCGCUAGCAGGAGCGGCAGCAGGAGCUGGAGCCCUGAUUGGACCGCGACCGACCUCGGCGCGAGGUAGAAGCUCUCCCCCCGACACCGGUGCUCGAGCGGCUGAGGUGGUGCGCGCGGCCAAACAAAUACAGCUCUCU